AUGAGAGUUUCACCACAAAAUUCAGAAACCGAGAGCACCUCAAAUUCAUCACCAUCUACAACAACCUCAAUUCAAGACCAAGGUUCCAACAGCAACAACCUUAAACGCAACCGCGACUCCAACAAACACCCCGUCUACCGAGGCGUUCGCAUGAGAAAUUGGGGAAAAUGGGUGUCCGAAAUCCGCGAGCCUCGCAAGAAAUCGCGGAUUUGGCUAGGCACUUUCCCCACAGCCGAAAUGGCCGCCAGAGCACACGACGCUGCAGCUAUAUGCGUUAAAGGAAAAUCCGCCAUUCUCAAUUUCCCCCACCUUGCAGACCUUCUCCCAAAACCCGCUUCUUUAGCCCCGCGCGACGUUCAGGCCGCGGCGGCUAAAGCAGCCCAAAUGACCAACAGUUUGGAACCACAAUCAUCAUCUUCCUCACUCUCAUCAUCGGCAUCGUCGUCUUCAACGACAACGAUGUCAUUGUCGACAAGUCUGUCAAUGAAGACAAAUACAUCAUUGUCUUCGUCAACAGACUUAUCGACAACAUCUGACGAACUCAGCGAGAUAAUCGAGCUACCUACUUUGAAAAACAGUUAUGAUGAUAUUGGAAAAGAGGAGUUUCUCUUAGACUACACAUGGAUGUAUCAACAACCAAUAACAUGGCUACAAACACCGCAAGAAAACGGUUGUUCUGGUGGUGGUGAGGAAUACGAUGAUGGAUUUGGAAACAAUAACAGCGUUGUAACUAAUUUCGAGAGUUUUCUCUGGAAUUACUAG